UGUUCAUGCGGACAGGGUGUGUGUUUGUGUGCAGGGGGGAUUUGAGGUGAACGAUGGUGUUGUUUGGUCCCAGAAGCUUCCAGCUUGUUAAAGUGUGUUUUGUGUUAUUUAUAGGUUCCUAUCCUGCUGAGGAAGCUUCUAGAACGCUGAGACGACAGGACCAGAGAACCAGAGAACUGGACAGAACAUCCAGAGAACAGAACAACUUCCCGGAACAUAGAGGAACACCCAGUGAGAGAAUACUCCGGAGUGUUUCAACAAACACAAGGGGGAUAACCACUGUACCCCCAGAACUGAGCCAAACCAUACCGAGCUGAGCCAAAACCAGGGCCAACACCAGGCCAGGGACAGGCUGAAACCAUUUCCUGAGGCCUGUUUGAGAGCUCGCCAGUGAAGAUGAUGACCAUGGUGAUGAUGAUGGCCAUGAUGGUGACCUGCAGCUCUCUGCUGCUGCUGGGCCUGAUGGCUGCACAGGUCUCCUCUGCCACACCCUCCUCCUCCUCUUCCUCCUCCUCCUCCUCCUCCUCCUCCUCUUCCUCCUCUUCAUCGUCUUCGCCACGCAUGAAGCUCUCCUACAAAGAGCUGCAGCAGUUCCACGGUGUGCGGAGGUUUGAGCUGGACCGCUCCUGCUGUUUCAGCUCGCUGCUAUUGGACGAGGAGAGGGGGCGGCUCUUUGUGGGCGCACGCAACUUCCUGUUGUCUCUCAGCCUGGACAACAUCGCCAAACAGGAGCAUAAGAUCUACUGGCCCGCCCCUGUCGACUGGAGGGAGGAGUGCAACUGGGCAGGAAAGGACAUCAACACGGAGUGUGUGAACUUUGUGAAGAUGGUGCACCACUAUAACCGUACCCACCUGUAUGCCUGUGGCACCGGAGCCUUCCAUCCCACCUGCGCCUUCGUAGAGGUGGGCCAGAAAGUAGAGGACCAUGUGUUCAGGCUGGACCCCUCCAAGGUGGAGGAUGGGAAGGGGAAAAGCCCCUACGACCCUCGUCACCCUGCAGCCUCUGUCCUCAUCGGGGACGAGCUGUAUGCGGGCGUGGCCACAGACUUAAUGGGGCGGGACUACACCAUCUUCCGUAGCCUGGGGAAACGGCCCUCAAUACGCACUGAACAACAUGACUCUCGUUGGCUUAACGAACCGAAGUUCGUGGGUUCCUUCUGGGUUCCUGAGAGCGAGAACCCAGAUGAUGACAAGGUGUUCUUCUUCUUCAGAGAGACGGCGGUGGAGGCCCAGGGUCUGGGAAAGGCCACCUACUCUCGUAUAGGACAACUCUGCAGGAACGACAUGGGGGGCCAGCGGAGCCUGGUGAACAAGUGGACGACCUUCCUGAAGACUCGUCUCAUCUGCUCGGUGCCGGGAGCAGAUGGCAGUGACACCUACUUUGACGAGCUGCGGGAUGUGUUCCUGCUGCAGACCAGAGACAGGAAGAACCCUCUGGUUUACACCGUCUUCUCCACUUCCAGCAGUGUGUUCAAGGGCUCGGCCGUGUGUCUCUACACCAUGAACGACAUCCGCAGGGCCUUCUUGGGGCCCUUCGCCCACAAGGAGGGACCCAACUACCAGUGGGUCCCCUUCCAGGGCAAGGUGCCCUACCCUCGCCCUGGCAUGUGUCCCAGCAAAACGUUCGGCAGCUUCGAGUCCACCAAGGGUUUCCCUGACGACGUGAUCCAGUUUGCGCGCCACCAUCCCCUCAUGUUCAACCCGGUGUACCCCCUGAACCGCCGGCCCGUAUUCCUGCGCUCCAACGUGGACUACAGCUUCACCCAGAUCGCCGUGGACAGGGUGGGUGCCGCCGACGGCCAGUACGACGUCAUGUUCAUCGGGACGGACAAGGGCACCGUGCUGAAGGUGAUCUCCGUCCCCAAGGAGAGCUGGAACAACAUGGAGGAGCUGCUGCUGGAGGAGCUGGAGGUCUUCAAGGAUGCCUCCUCUAUCGUCAACAUGCAGAUCUCAUCGAAGCGGCAACAGCUGUAUGUGGGUUCAGACACGGGUCUGGCCCAGGUGCCCCUGCAUCGCUGCAGUGUCUACGGGAAGGCGUGUGCUGAGUGCUGCCUGGCCAGGGACCCCUACUGCGCCUGGGACGGGACGUCCUGCACACGCUACCUCCCCAACACCAAACGGCGCUUCCGACGCCAGGACGUGAGGAACGGAGACCCCAACACGCUGUGUUCAGGAGACCACCACAAGCAGCGCGUGGCAGAACGCAGGCUGUACGGCGUGGAGAGCAGCAGCACCUUCCUGGAGUGCAUCCCCAAAUCCCUGCAGGCCCGUGUCACCUGGACCUUCCAGAAACAUCCGCACAACCCCAGAGAAGAGCUGCGUCUGGACGAGCGCGUCCUGCAGACGGAGCGCGGCCUGCUGGUGAGGCGCGUCCUAAAGAGGGACGCCGGCCUGUACCAGUGCCACGCCAUGGAGCACGGCUUCACCCAGACCCUGCUGGGCAUCACCCUGGAGGUUGUCCCGUCCUCCUCCGGCGCCCCCCCGCUGCCCCCCGACCCCGCCCCCCGCUCUCCGGCCGGCCCGCCCUCCACCAAUCAGAAGCUGUGGUACCGCGACUUCAUGCAGCUGGUGGACCACCCCAACCUCAGCAACAUCGACCAGAUCUGUGAGCAGGUGUGGGCGCGCAAGAACGACAAAACAGAGAAGAGCUUUGCUGAUGCCGCCCUGCAGCCCCCGCCCCUCAGCCCGGUAGUCCGGCCCCCCCACAAGAAGUGGAAACAUCUGCAGGAGGUGAGGAAGGGCCGCAACCGCCGAACCCACGAUGGGAAACCCUCCCCCCGGGCUCCACGCAGCGCAGGGGAGUAACUCGGGAGGAAGGGAGGGAGGGAGGGAGGAGGGACUGAUUCAGAGAGGAGAGAAAGGAAGGGAGGGAAGGAGAGAAGAGGAGUAAAGCUGACUGAAAGAGACCAAGGACUCCUGGAGGUGUGGACGCACAGACACACACACACACACACACACUUUCAAACACACACUCAUGUCCAAGCACGCACACAAUGGCACCUCCUUCUUAGUAAAUAUUUAUCUGACAUCACCCAACCGCCAUGCUUGAGUCUGCCCCCCCCCCCCACCCCCACCCCUCACCUGACUGAUCCUUGCUUGGAUAGCCCCUAAACACCCCCCCCCCCUGCCUGGUUCUGUUGCCCCUUCUCUCUGAGACCUGCACCCCUCCUCAGGAGACAACCUCCUGAUACAUCAGAGACCUCACACCACUACCAGUCAAGCUGGACGUGUCAGCAACUGGAUCAAGGCUAAAGACUGGACAACGGAUAUGGACGGACACACACACACACACACGUACAAUCACAGUCCUCUGAACUCAUAUUACGUAUUGUAGAUAGACGUCCUUACAUCUUGUGUUUAGUGUUGGAAUAAUGUAUGUCGUCAUGGUAGCGGUAGACUUGUGUAUACUGUGUGUUUGCUGUCUUGGUCUGAACCACUAACGAGGGGAGAUGGAACCCCCUCCCCCAUCAUCCCCACGUACAAACACACACACUCACACACACACACACACACACACACACACACACACACACACACACACAGGAGAGGGGAGGUGAACCAGUUCAGUUCUAGUUCACUACUGGGUGACAUGGGUAUCAGAGAAGGUGUGUUCUGUUUAUCAAGACUUGAGUUCAGUCAUGAUUGUUUACCUACUAAUCACUAUGCACACAUACACACACACACACACAAACAUCUUAAACCGUCAACUGUAAGAUAUUUAAAUUGGCUCUCAUGAAUGAAAAUCUCUUCUGUAGUUGUGUUUGAUCUGGAGAUUGGAUCUUCAACAACUGACUUGUCAUAUAAACGGUGGGUUUUAUACAUUCAUGCAAGUGACAACUUGUGUUCAAUACACAAACAAGGGGAGAGGGAGGGAGAGCGAGGGGGGGGGGGGAGGGAGAGGAGGAGGAGGAGGAAGGGGGGGAUAAAUAACUAGUUAAAGAAGAGUACAGUGACCACCCAUGUUUUGGGCUUAAAGCAUGAUAUUUAUGUGUGAAACCAUUUUUAUUAUAAAUAGUACUUUUCCUUCUUUGAAUAGAUGUGUCUUAUGGUUUGCGGUACACAGUGUUUGAUUGACAAAAUAUCUCACACAAACAUGUAAGAAUAUUGUUUUCACUAAGGGUUCCUAGCCAGCAGGCUGUUAGUUCUCUGCCUGUGUGCUUCCCUGUGUUCUGCUGCCAGAUCGCUCUAAUGCAGCACAGCCGGUACAAUGGUCUCUAAUCAAUAUGUGUGAGUAGGUCGCCCUCUAGUGUCCAGUAUUUGUACAUGCCAGUCUCCAAACCCCUAUGGUACGAGUGUAUGGUAAACUAGUACGUGACAGAACAAUAGCUCUGUAAAAAAAAAAAAUCUUAAUUUACCUUCAACUGUGGAUCAAAAAGUGCUUUAGAUGUAUGGAAUCCUGUCUUGUUAUUUAUACCUGAAGAUGUAAUUAAUUAAUUGUUGACCUGACUGAAGCCGUAGAGGGCUGUCGUGUUUGUUUGUACUCUGUGGUUGCAUGACCAACGUAGGGAUGCUUUGACAAUGGAGGAGGCAGGGAGAGAGAGAGGGAGAAGGAAAUGGACUUGGAGAGAGCAAAAGAGCACAAUGUUAAACCUGCUUCUUAUACUAUUGUGUAUUUAUGUGUGCCGAUAAGCUGACAUGUCGUGACGGAUUUUGAUUUGUCGUCGUUUUCUUUGACAUGUAGAUGUACAUUUGUACCUUACCCCGCUUGCUGUACGAGAUCUCACUAAAGACUGUUUCUCUGCCCUCUGGGGGAAGACUUCCUCGUCCAGUUUCCCCAAUAAAAAGAAAUGAUUUUCACACAUCCCUCCGGUCAGCAACCCUGUCUAUACUAUGCCAUGACGCACCCCUGCAUGAAUUCUUAAGGAGUGUGUGAGUGUGUGCGUGUGCGUGAGUGUCUGUGUGUAUGUGCGUUGGGGGUAAAAGAGAGCUCUGUACAUAUUAACUAACAAGGGGCGGUCUGUGGGAAGGUUUGUAGUGAACGUUCAAAGUUAAGAGGCCAAAGUUGACUUGGUGCACACUGUAAUACUUUAUUGCAGUCCUGCUGUGAUACUGUAAUACUAUACUACUCCCGGAGUUGUUUGUGAAUUGUUGUUUCAGAUUGUUUUUGAUUAACACAAUAAAAUACCCAGUUACUUCAGCAACGUGA